CCCGGGAAGCGGAGCGUGGGGCGCGCGGGGUUUGGGGGCUUCCUCGUCCUGCCGCCCCCCCGGCCGCCUUGUUCCCCCCCCCCCGGCUCCCUGCAGCCAUGGAAGCGCCUCCUCAGGGGAGCAGCCAGGUGCCUCCGAUUGUGACGACGCCCCCGCACCCCGGAUCGAAAGCCGAGCCCCUCAGCCAAAGCAGCAGCGGGACGCACGUUUCCAACGCCAGUGGGGUUUCGCUGGGAGAAGCCAUCAGGCGCCGGUCCCUGGUGGAUCAGGAUGCGGAGUUGUGGUUUCGUCCUUGUGCGGAAACCGAUGUCAGCAACCUCGUAGGGUGGAGGCUCGGCCAUACCCCCGGAGGCUACAACACAACAGACUUUCCAACUAUGGAGGAAGGCCUGGUCACCCCCACCGUGAAUCCUGGAAGGCCUCAAGCCUCUGGAAUGACCCACUCCCCAAUCCUGGGGAUUGCAGAUAGCCAGCUUUCUCCCAACCUCCCGCUGCUGGCGACCAACACAACAGCCCAAGGCCAGACUUUCUACAACGAGACCGUCUUUCAGCCAACCGGAUUGGAUUUCGCCCCGUUGAGAGCCACUCCAGAUGUUUCAGCCGCACCUUUGGCACAUUUGCAGAUCGGCGAAGCCGUGCGAUGGGCAGCCCGGGAAGUUGGCCCAGAAUCCUCCAGGGACGCCUCUCUCUCCCAGCAUCCUCUGCCUUUCAGCCUCACGGCGCCCAACGACGCCAGCCUGGGCAGCUAUUUGUCGCAACACCCUCUGACUUUUUCCGAACACCUACCGGCGGAGCAACCGAACUGGCCAAUGCUUCACCUUGACCUAAAUUUUACAACCCUGGGCUCCAAAGAAGAGAAUUCAGGGACGCCGUGUCCAGCCGCGUGGCCAAACCGACCCCUGGCCACACCGCCUCUUCCAAAGCAAAGUUGGGGAGCUGCGCCUGGCCAGGAUUUGUUCCUGUUGGACAACAGCCUGCCCGCUCCCGUCCUUCUGGACUUACUGGAGGAUGAGAUGGGCUUAUCCAAGCAUGGUGGCUUCUUAUCUUCCAGAAGCUCUUCUUGUCAAAGUGGCUUGGGAAAAGAACCGGCUGAAAACCUCGUUAACCGUUUAACGACGAACGCGGAUCUGACGGAAAGCAUGCCCAAAUUGACGCCCGAGCUGCGCCCGUCGGAAGGCCCAACCGCCUCUCGGCCCGAGUCACCCCAGCUGCUUUCGGAGGCGACAGGACAGCCCCGGAGACGCGCUAGCGAUCCGGAAGCUUUCUCAGUGAACUUGUCUCCACCCUUGGUGUCCUCCAGGGCUCCUACGUUUGGUUUGGUUGAGUCGCCCGAGACAUCUCCGGGGCCAAAUUGCCAGCGCGUGCGGGAGAAAUGUCCAAGCGGAGCCGCGGAAGAAAAACGAAAAUUUGUGCCAGUUCCAGUUGAUGGCAAACCUCAGACUUCUGUGCCCUUCCAGCCAAUCCCCGUGGCCUCAAGGCUCGGCCAGCCGACGGACGCCUUGAAGACCGUCCUGACGAGCGUGAACAAAACUGAACUCACACUCUCCGACGGGAGUGUAGAGAAAGAGACCAGGAAUACGGGAAUCUCGCCGUUUGACGAAGCGUCCUUCCUUGUACAUCUGACUCAACCGAUUCACCAUUCCACCCCGGCUUUUUUGACCAGCAGAAGCUUAAACCGCGAAGGGCCCGACCUGGCCUUGCCGGCCCGCUCAGGACUCCAGCCUCCUCUUGCUUGCUUGCACGAAGAGAUGUCAAACACCUCGCAGGCUGAUGCGCGCAAUUCUUCGGCGGCAGAGCCUGGGGCUGCCACCGCGGGAAACCCCCGCCUCUUUCCCACAAACGAGAGUUUUCCAUCGCACGACGCUGGUCCUGCCGUCCUGCAGCCUCUGAAAGGCCGGAUUCAGUCCAUGCCCUCUCUGAAUUUUAUGGAGAAGGUGGGAGCGUGGAACCUGAGCUGUUCAGCGGAGGAAUUGCCCGAAGUGUCGGCGGUCCCCGGUCCAGGUGGUGUUUCUCCCCGGCGGAAGGCCUACGACGCUAUUGCCGAUUCCUUAAACUGCCUCCUGCUGAAGCAGCAACGUCUAGCUGACCUCAAGGCUGCCUCUUUUUACGGGCCCAGCUCCCUGAUCAAUCUUCACACCUCCGAGAACGAGCCUCUGCGGGCGUUACCGUUUACCAGGUCUCAGUCGGAGACCUCGGUGAGUGCCCUGAGCAGAGAAAUUUCGCGGACGGAAAUCGGCAACGAAACCGGAGCGAAGGACCCGCCUAAGCGCGCCGAGGUCCGCGGCGAUGCUCCGACAGUCUCUCGGAUCCCAUCGGCGGCGGUGAGUAAGGAGGACUCCCUCAGCCGACGUUACAAAGCCGUUCCCGUCUUUACGGUCUCCAGCGACGAGGAAAGCAUGAGCCCGGGGAGCCGUUCGGAUCCCCUGAUCAGGAGCCGACGAGUGGCCGAGCUCCUGAAAGGAGAAACCGCGUCACUCAACGGGAGCAAAGAAGAAGUGGACGGCCCCGAAGAGAAGACGGGAGCGUCGUCCGGCCGCGGCUUUCGUGCCGGUCAAAUUAGGAGGGACCAUUGGCGAGAUCUUUCCCCAGAUCAUUUCAACCAAGGGACCGAUUCCGGAACCGACAGCUGUACAGAUCUGAGGCUCUCUUCCAGACAGUCUUCCCGGUCUUCUCCUCUUUUGGGAAAGUUGCAGAGCAGUUUGGAAGAGGAACUACAAGCUCCCCUUCACAGCGAGCUCAAUAUAGAGGAGAGAAUACCGGUGUACCUUCACAACCUGGGCAUCGACCAGUCGCCCUCGUCUAUCCUGACCCCAUUUAUGCCCCGGGGGCCCAUCCGAGAAAUCGAAUUUUCUCCGACUGAGCUCCGGACGUUGAAAGCGUCGGCCGAUUUAUUCCGCCUGCAUUUAUCGGAAGACUCGCAGUCUGGGAAAGAGGCUACACGGUGUAGCCUGAAUUCUUCUCUGCUCAGUGGGCCUUCUGGGGCAGGAUCCGCCGUUGUCUCAGACACUUCGCAACCCGCCAAGUCUUCUCUGCAACGCAACCGAGAUCUCGUACAUCCGAGCAGCUCUCCAUGGAAAUCUCGUGCGGUCACGCCUCCUCUCGCUGCGUCUCUUCCCGGGUCUCCCUCCGUUCCCGUUUCCACAGGAGAGACUCAAGUCCUCCCAGGAGCUCCCUCCAACUUUGCGAAGGAAAGAUCAACAACAAUUGUGGACAAUUUAGACCCAAAUGAACUUGGGGCGAGUCGAGUAAGAGCCAGCCCUUCUUCUUGGGACAGGGACGAAAAGCCGGCGAGGGAAGAAAUCGGAUCUUCCAGUGCGAGUCCCGGCGGAGGAAGAAACGAUUCCUUUGCGGGGUCAAAGGCCCCCGGAGAGAGCCAGAAGCUCCCGGCAGAGGUCGACUCCAGACCUUCAAGUGGACAAUUCCGAUCUCUUUUAUCCCUCUCUUCUUCCGGCUCACUAAAACAUAUCGAUAAUGGCGAUUUAUCUGGAGGUUGCGGAUCGAUCAAGAGAAACACGCUAGGGAUUCAGAGAGGCUGGUCGUGGGAUGAGAACAUGGCCAAGCAGGGUAUCGCGGGUAACUUAAGAUGGGAAGGUCCGCAGACAAUGGACUUCUACAACAAGGAGCCACUUGUACCUCAAGAGCCGAGGCCAGAAUCCCCAAAAGCGAACGAAGAUCGCGGGAUGACUAAACCCCUAACACGAUCCGAUCCUGAAGGCUGCCCCAGGACAGCUGCGAGUGGGCCUGUUCUGACGAGCAGGUCUGUAGACAUUCAAGCCGGCCUUUCUCCAAACCUCAACGCGAUCCAGGCUGUUUCAGAAGCGGAUACUCUGGACCAGGUGUCUAAGCUCUUGGGAGGUUUUCCGUGCGUCGAGGAGAAAGCGGAUACUCUGGACGAGGUGUCUAAGCUCUUGGGAGGUUUUCCGCACGUCGAGAAGAAAGCGAAUGACGCUCGCCCGAAAGAGGUAGGCAGCUGGCACGAAAGCGCCAACGGCAGCAGCGUGGACUCCCUGGGCACUAGAGUGAAGAAGCUUCUCCAGUACGAACCUCUGGCGAUCCACAAAGCGCCUUGGAUGGAGAGGGCGGAGGAGCGCGAGGGGUCGGGUCCGAAAGAGCCCUGCGUUUCGGCCACCAGCUCAGCUUUCAGCCGAGGGGAAGUUGGUGCCCAAGGAAGCGAUAAUGGCAGCAGUAUGGACUCGUUGGCGGUACGGGUCAAAACCCUCCUGGAAGAAGAGCAGCCCGUGCUGCACGCCACACAGAUACUCCAGAGUGUAAAGGAAGAAGAGGAAAAAGCCCGUGCCUGGGUGAAACUAAAACUGGCCACUCAGCCUCAGUACUUCAUCCCUGAACUGACCGAAGAAGACAGGCGGAUGAUAGAACAAAUGAAGAGACAGCAGCUUUCCUGCUCCGGAGAAAAGGAACAUCUGGAGAAGCAGCAUUGGAGAAGCAACUUCCAGAGCUUUCCAAACCGCAGUCCUGCUGCAGCGGUAGAACCGGGACACUGGCGUAAUCUAAGAGACCACGACUUGCAAAUGGCCCUUCAGAAAUACGGUUUGCAGCUAGUCGAGUUCUCGGAGCCUGUGACUGAUGGUGCCUUAGCAGCCGACCCGGAGGUUAAACCCUCCCGCGCUGCCCAGAUUCCUGCCUCUAGCCAAGUGCGGACACCUCCCGGGAACGCCUUGGACUCCGACGCCGAUUCUCACGUUCCCUCGGAGGCGCAUCUCAAAGAGGCCUCCAAGACACCCGUCAAAAAGGACCGGAACAGACCAGCUCCGUUGGAUAUAUCCGAGAGCGUCACGUCGGUCGAAGCCGCCAUUCAAACCACCUCCAUCACUUUCGCCUCUCGGAGGAGGUCGCCUUCUCCCGCUUCCCGCGUACCCCAGGCUGUCCUUGCGGAAGCCGACGCUCAUCAUCCCAUAUCUUCGGAAGCCCAUCCGACGAGCCAGGAGCAGCCGAAGUUUGGUAACUCACAGCUGCCAAGCGACGACGCUCGCCGCUCAGCCCGCCUCGGUGCCGCUUGUCUUUCUGAGAAGAAAGACGGAUCUCCUUCCUCAAAGGUCUGUUCUCCCUCUGGUUCUGUCAAGGCCACCAGGGAUGGACCUCAUCAAGAAGGCCUCACUGCUCCCGUGGAGACAUUCCCAAGCAGAGGUAUCCAACCCAAGGACCUCAUUAAGGAGAAGCGGAGUUCCGAUCCAGUUCUGGCCGAGCAGAGGAGACGCGCUAAAACGCUGGAUAAUAUUUCCCCUGACAAAACUGGCCCAGAAAGAAGUGUGAUGUUGCCUCCACAAAAGACGGGUCACGUGCGCUCCCAGAAUUGCUCGGUAGACAAGGCUGGGAGUGCUGCUAAGCCACUGUUGGCCGAAGGCAAAGAAAAUACGUCCGUAAGAGAAGGUACGUCUGCUUCCGAUUCAUAUUUACACAAGCCCGAAGAUAUAGCUACUCCUGAUUCAUAUUUACACAAGGCCAGAAGUCGAGACAGUGGGAGUACUGGCCUGUUACACGCCGCUUCCCUAGACCGUAUUUCCACAGCCGUGCUGGGGUCUCCUACAUCUCCCACCAGGAAAGCCCUCUCUGGUGUCCACCUUACUCUCUCUCCACAGCGGGUUGAGUUGGACCUUUCGGGCCCGGUGGACACUGGUCCAGAAGGGAGAGAGGUUGAAGUUGUUCAGCCAACCCCUUUGGAUGUUCCCCGUCUUUCCUUAGAAGAUACCUCCGGGUCAAAGCCCGCAGAAUCUAGGCGAAAGACUCAAGAAUCCUCAGAGGCAUCAUCUCCAGAUGUUCCAACGGGGGCUAAACCGGUCCUACAGCAGGCUGAAGAGCCCCUGGCAGACCGAGAUGGUGUGGCAGGCCCAUCUCAAGCAGACGCCGGGACUCGGAGUUCGAGUGGACCGAGCGCAGGUGAGAACUUGAAGACUACGGCUUCUUCCCAAACUGAAUGGACGUCUUCGGAUGCCAUCACUCAAAUAACGACAGAAAGCCCGGAGAAGACCACCUAUUCUGCCGAAAUUUUUGUCGCCGCUGAGAAUGGGGAAGCUUCUUUUCCGAAGAGUCACGAAACCCCCAUCGACACAAGGCUUGGUGCCUCCGAGAUCUCCGUUUUGAAUGGACAAACCGCUGAUCAGCCCUUGGUGCUGCCUUACAAACCUCCCGGCUGCUCGGAGGUGUAUUACGUUCCCUGUGGAAGAGAAACCUUGAAACUCUCGCGCGUCAGGUCCGAGACCACUGUGGAAAGUUCCCAUUCAGGCUCCAACGAUGCCUUCCCGCCGGAUUUCCCCCCGCAAGUGCUGGGUUCGAGGAAGGACCAUCCUUCGGACACCGCCAUGGUGAAGCACAAAGAGGGCAUUUACAGCAGGAAGGCCACCCCCAGGGCAGCAUGGACGGAGGAGAAAGCAGCGAGGACCAGUGAUCCCGGAGAAAGUUGCAACGGCCGGAAUUCCUUGGAAUCGCUCAAAACGUCCCGGUCUGAAUCUGCUCGCCUGAAGCCACCUUUGCAGGAUGACCCAGAUUCCCCUCCCGGAAGCAAGGCUUUGGGGCAGGUUGAGGCGGCUUCCAGGGGUCCGGCCCUUUCCCCCCAAGAUUUACCUCAGCGUAAGGGAAUCCUAGAAAGCAGCCCCUCCCCAUCACCCCCUCUGCAUCUGGCCCAAAAGGAAGAAAGUUUUGUCCCGCUGACUGGCGAAGUAGAUUACAGCUUCCUUCAGGAAUUAACAUUCGAGCACGCUUCCAAACGAGACUUGCCCGAUGCCCCAAAAACCAUCUUUGGGAGAGCUGGUCAGCUUCUUCCGGGAAAGCCGCUGAUUAAAGAGAAGCGGGCAGCGGACCAGCCCAGGGUGCCAAGGGCCCACCUGAUCAGCAGUUUGGAUGUUCUUUGGGCCAAGUAUUUGGGGCGGCAGAACCAGCAGCAGCUGAAGCCCGUCGACAGCGGCCACAGAACCGAGCUAUCGCUGGUGGAACGGUUGGACCGCCUGGCCAGGCUCCUGCAGAAUCCCCUUCGGCAUUCCCUGGCCCUUGCCUUGGAGGAUCAAAAGGACAGCCGGAAGGAGCCCAGGAGGAGAGCGCCCAGCCUCGACGGCGCUCGAGACCCAAAAAUGGCGGCCAGGAAGAAAGCGGCCUCGCGGCCCGGCCUCGAAACGGCAGAGGAGGCUCCCGUUGGCCCCAGCGGCGCCUGGCCUUCCAAAUCCAGGCGUCCGAAAACCGGACACGCCAAGGCUGUUGAACCCGGGGAUAGAAACUGGGACCGGUCGCAGAGCCCCGAGACUGCGAGCGAGACGUCUUCCGACGUGAGGCCGGCGAGAGAGGCCAGCGUGACAACUGAGGCGACCUCCGAGUCUGAGGGGAAUCGGGCAGAAACCGAAAGCGCCACGCAGACCGAGACGAGCGAGUCCGUGUCCACCAUCAACACAGCCAGGUUGAUCCGAGCUUUCGGGCAGGAGAGGGUGCAGGUGUCCCCCAAACUGUCCCAGCUCUACAGCACCAUCGACUUGCAGAAGACUCGCUCGGAGACCUGGGCCAAGCGGGGCAAGAAGGCCAAGGGGGACGGCUACCCAAAGAUGGUUCACCUAGAACAAAAAAGAAAAGAGGGUCAGGCCAGCCCCACUUUCGUCUCCUCCGAUUCCGUCUCCAGCCUCAGCAGCUCUCCGGGGCCGAGCCCGGCGCUCAGCAGCAAACGGAUGCUCAACAAGGCGGUUCAAGCCGGAGACUUUGAGAUUGUGAACAGCGCAACCAAGAGCAACACCCGCGAUGUGGGCUUGACUUUCCCCACCCCGACCCCGAGCCAAGCCACGCUGCACGGAGGGGCUCGGAGCAGGACGGAGCAGCGGUCGGCUCAGCACGAUGGGCUCUCGGCGGGAGACGAGGACCAGCCCAAGUGGCAGCCAAGCAGCAUCCUGGAAGGCAAGAGGCCCAGAAGGAGCCGGUCGCAGUGGAUGCAAGGAGUCUCAUGGUUCGUCCCCGCAGCAGAUUUCAAACCGGAUCCCCUGGAAAGGGCCGGGACUGGCUUCCCGCCCCCUGGCCCUACUCCCGCGUGGUUUGAGCCCCUCCCCAGAGGAAAGCCUUGGCGAGAACCUCUUCGCGAGCAGAACUGGCCGGAACGUCUCGGGGUCCUCCAGGUGCGUCUGGCAGCUCCAGCGAGAGACGCUGAGAACGAGCCUCCCUCACCUUUGGGGCAAAUGACCCUGCAGGAAUCUCUCGCCGUGCACCGCCCCGAUUUCAUUUCCAGCUCCGGGGAACGUCUGAAGCGCCUCAGGCUGCUUGUGGAAGAAAGGAAGCUGCAGAGUGUGUUCCAGGGGGAGAGGGAAGAAUUGUUUAAUCCCCCCGAGGUGGUGACUUGUAGGAAUGCAAGUCUUGCUAACCGAGGCUACCGGGCGAUUCGGAGCAGAGCGAUUUCCAAGAAUGAAAUGGUGGAGCGGUCCAAACGCAUCUACGAACAGCUGCCUGAGGUGCGAAAAAGACGGGAAGAAGAGAAGAGAAAAUCGGAAUAUUCCACCAACCGCUUGAAGGCCCAGCUUUACAAAACGAAAAUCACCAAUCGUGUCUUGGGAAGAAAAGUCCCUUGGGAAUGACGGGGAAAGGAAAAAAAAAACAAACCCCGAGCAACAUCCCUCUUUAAUAAACCUUAUCGCACGAAGUAGGGUUUUUUUAACCUCUUUUUUUAAACUUUUUUUUUUUUAAAUUAUGAACUUGUGCCUCUACUAUAGACAACUCAGGCAGUUUUCCCCUUAGAUUUCCUGGCCUUAAUUGGGGUUCAGGGGUGCCCCUUUUCCAGUCCCCAGCCAUCUCUACCCUGGCGUUUUCGAUCGUAAUUGAAGAUGUGUGUUUUUGUUUUUUUUUUAAAAUCAACAAACGAGGAAUUUUUUUUUUUUUUCAUAUUCUGCCUACGUUCUCGCGGAUCACGGCUUUGUUACCACUAACUUAUCAACAGCACAUUAAAUUGGCGGUUUUGUGUGUGAAA